GGAAGGCAUUUUUUUUUUGUUGCAUGCAUGAAUCCUUCUGUCAUUUUAAUAGUCUUGGAAUUCUGCUUCACCCUGCUUUUAUGUGCAGGGGAAUGUUUCAAAAGAGCUAGAAGGUGGGGCCAUGAGGAAACAGGAUGGGAGUGGUCACAGCCAGGUAAACUUUAAGUAAUAGAAACAGAAUACUAGAUGGAUUAACUAAGUGCUGCUGCUGACCGCCUGCCUUUUUGAACAGACAGGUAGAAACCCCUGUGCAAGUUAUACACAUGGAGCUGAAAGAAAAUAGCCAUGCUCUUUCUGGAGCAGAUGGAUUCUAUAAUGCUUCAUUUCAGAACAACUCUGAAGAUGAAGUUAUAAAUGAGGAGGGGCUAAGAAACAAUUCAUUAAGAAGCAGGAAUUUACAAAAUAGUGAUGCUGUGCAGAGUGACCCGGAGGAUACACACAUCAAUAUCGAGAGUGAUCAGCAUAAAAACAAACAUGACUCAGUAGCUGAGAAAACAUUCUUACAAGGGUAUCUGGAAAGGAAAUAUGAUGAAGUCUGUGACUUUUGCAAGAAAUACAAAACCAGCAUUCGAUAUGUGAUAUAUGGAAUUUUAAUAGCAGUUUACCUGGUGAUAGUCAUUGCAGCGUGUGUCCUGAAUUUUCAGAGAGCCCUGGCUCUUUUUGUACUCACUCUUCUAGCCAUCUUCUUCAUCUGCUGGGAUUCUUUAAUGGCCAGACAUGAAGACAAAAUUGCUGAGUUCUUUUCCCCUUGUGAAAGGUUUCUGAAACGACAGUGGUUUUGGCUAAAAUGGGUGGUGUGGAUAGCUCUAAUUGCAGCUAUCAUUUGCUGGCUCAUCUUUGACACUGCCAGACAGGGAACCAAUCAGCUCAUCUCCUUUGGUGGGCUUGUGAUGUAUCUUCUCUUGACGUUGAUCUUUUCCAAAUACCCAACCAAAGUUGCCUGGAGACCAGUAUUUUGGGGAAUUGGACUGCAGUUUAUUCUUGGACUUGUUACUCUGAGGACUAAAGCAGGAUUUGAUGUAUUUAAUUGGCUGGGUAGGCAGAUACAGAUUUUCCUGGAAUACUCUGAUAAUGGCGCUAAAUUUGUGUUUGGUGAAAAAUAUACAGAUCAUUUCUUUGCCUUUAAGGUCCUGCCAAUAGUGAUUUUCUUCAGCACAGUCAUGUCUAUGCUUUACCAUGUUGGAUUCAUGCAAUGGCUCAUUAAAAAGGUUGGUUGGAUAAUGCAAGUUACCUUGGGGACAUCUCCUGUUGAGUCCCUAGUAGCAGCUGGCAACAUAUUUGUGGGACAGACAGAAUCUCCUCUUCUAGUGAGGCCCUAUUUACCGUAUGUCACCAAGUCUGAACUCCACUCGAUCAUGACUUCAGGGUUUGCAACCAUCGCUGGCAGUGUCUUAGGAGCAUACAUUUCUUUUGGGGUUUCAGCCUCCCAUUUACUAACUGCUUCUGUGAUGUCAGCACCAGCAUCACUGGCUAUCUCCAAACUAUUCUGGCCUGAGACUAAAAUACCCCAAAUAACUCUGAAGAGUGGUAUAAAAAUGGAGAAAGGAGACUCAAAAAACCUACUGGAAGCUGCUAGUCAGGGUGCCUCUGCCUCCAUCCCAUUGGUGGCGAACAUUGCUGUGAACCUGAUCGCCUUCCUUGCUUUGCUCUCUUUCGUUGAUUCAGCACUGUCUUGGUUGGGGAAUAUGUUUAACUAUCCACAGCUGAACUUUGAGAUCAUUUGCGCUUAUGUCUUCAUGCCAUUUUCUUUUAUGAUGGGGGUAGACUGGGAAGACAGUUUUAUUGUCGGUGGACUCCUCGGUUACAAGACUUUCUUCAAUGAAUUUGUGGCUUAUGAGCGUCUUUCAACAUUGAUCCACUUGCGGGAGAAAGGUGGGCCAGUGUACAUUGAUGGCGUGAAGCAAUAUAUGACUAUCCGUUCUGAAACCAUUGCCACCUAUGCCCUCUGUGGAUUUGCAAAUUUUGGUUCUCUGGGACUGGUGAUAGGAGGACUCACAUCUAUUGCUCCUUCCAAAAGAAGAGACAUUGCUGAUAGUGCCUUUAGGGCGAUGAUUGCUGGUACUGUCGCCUGCUUCAUGACAGCUUGUAUUGCAGGAAUAUUAUCUGUACCGGUUGUGGAGGUUCCAUGCCACAUAUUAUUAGGGGAUGCCUUCAGUGCAACAAAUUUGCCAAGCAACACCACAAAAGUAGUUGGAUGCUGCCAAGAUCUCUUUAGCAGCACCAGUGCAAACAAUUCUCAAGAGAUCUUCUUAGGAGGAAACUACAGCCUACGCUCCUUGAGAGGAUGUUGCCAAAUACUGGACUCUCCCACUUUUAAUUGCAGUUGGACCACUCCAUUAUUUUGAACUGGGACUAGUUAUAACCAAGAGGCUGGAAUAAGGUCACAUCUCUUUGUUGGAGAGGGGGAAAGAAAUUAAGAGUGGAGAAAUCUUUUUCUACUUAAGGAAUGGGAAAAAGUUUGAGCCUUAGUUUCCUUUCACACCAGUACAACUCCUUUGAUUUGAGUGGAAUUACUCCUAAAUUACUCUGGGGUAAAU